AUGAUUAGUAUUUUGCAAAAUAUCGGCGAGGAAUUCGAAAAUAAGGACGAUUUCGCUCCGCAAAUCAACGUGUCUCUUCAAUGGGUUGCCGAUAUAAUACCGUCUAGUUCUGCUCUCGUAUUUGCACAAUGCUUGAAAGCUAUGGCUUUGCUCGCAAGUUCAUUCAGAAAAGAGUUCAACGAGCGUUUUGCGGACAACCUGCAAAAAUUGUGUCAAGAUCUAACCGAUGCUCGUUACACCGAGAGAAACGUCGAACUUCUUGUUGAAGCGAUUGUGGUCUUCAAAAAAAGUUUUCAUGCAAACAUCGAUUUCACGAAAUCUUUCACUAAAAAUCUGCUCAAUAUGGAUGUCAAUGAAAUUACCGAAUCCGAAGUUCACAAACGAUUAAAAAUCGUAAUUAUGGUUAUGAAAAUCUCGGAAAACAAGGAAAUAGUAAUGGAAUGUAGUGAAAAGAUUCGCACGAUAUUCGAAUCAUGUUUUACUACGGAAAAUUUUAAAUUCUCUUUGAUGGAAUGUUUCUGCCAAAUUUCGUUGGAAGUCAUCAAACUUGUCAGAACGAAUUACGGAGAAACUGAAAUCAUCGAGAAGUUCUAUGAGAUCCUUGUUAAUUCAUCGAGUUAUCUCAUGAACAGCCAGAAAGGAAAAACUCUGGUUCUAAAUUAUCUUUCAAAGACUUUGAGGAACUUACCACCGCAAGCAACAGUUAUUCCCAAUGUGAUUUCGAUGGUUUUUGACAAAUCCACUGGAUUUUUUGCCGAAAAUUCGCAAAACCACUUUUUGGUUCUAAUAGGGAAGAAACAUACGUAUACGAAAUUGUGCGAUGUGAUCUCAACAUUGCUCACACCGAAUUGCUUGAAGCAGCUUCAGUUAGCUUAUGCCUCAUUACGAGAAACGAUUUUAGAAAAGACGAACAUACUUCGCGAAUGCCCAAGUGAACAAACUCGUAAUUACGAAGCGGCACUUAUGAUUCUUCUCCAAUCCUUGCAAUCAAUUUCAUGCGUCAAAAGUUCGAUUAUUGUGAUGAUGGGCCUUCGUCCGGGCAUUUUCGAGUUUCUCGUUGAUGAAAUGCCGUUGAAUGAGCAGUGGUUUGCAACUGAGCAUCCGACUUUGUAUUACUUAUUUAUUCAUAUUCUCAUUGAUCAUUUGAAAGCACACGAAUACUACAUUGCGCAAUCGGAUUAUAUAGUGAAUGAUGAGAGCUUGAGUGUUGGACAAACUAAACGUGAAUACGCGAAGAAGCAGAUCAAAGCGAUCAAUGCGAUUUUGCAGUUUGACGGCGAAAAGGUCUCGAAGCAGGCAAAAACUGCAAUUUCUGCUUGGAUUUUUGCAUUGGUGCAAGGAAUCUGCACGAAUAUCAACGGGGAAGCUCUUGUUAAAGAAGAAUGGACACGUCUUCAUAGUAAUCUCACUGUUCAAUCCACGUUGGAAUGGAAUAUUGAGGAGCAAAGCGUGUCAGGACCGUUCAAAAUGGCGCAGGAAAGCGUCCAAACGGCGGUGUGCUCGACGACGUUUGGAGCUGAAGAAUUUGGAUUUGUUACGAAUUUCUUACUUAAUGGUGUUAUCCCGCCAACGUUUAGCAAAGGAAAAUAUCUUUGGAUGGACGAAUUCUUGAGAAUGAUGACUUAUGGAGUUACGAAUACAGAUGAUAAGAAAAAAGUGGAUAUUCCCGAAGAGCUCAUUGCGAAAUGGCGCUGGGUUCUUGCUCAAACUGCGAAUUUCUGUAUUGUGAACAAAAUGAAAACGCCUCUUGGUAAACCGAUGGAGACAUUCAGCGCAUUUUCAACGGAAAUCAACAAAUUGGCCAAAGAGGUUCUGACGGCGAGCAGAGUUAAAGAAAAAUCUGGACUUGAAAAUCCGCCUCUCUACCCACUCAGCUUUCUACGAGUGCGACUUUUACUCGAAUUCAUUGAUGUUUUGGAAAAGCUUAUGGCAAAUACGAUGUCGAAUGGAGCAACAUUUUCGUUAAUGGAGAUUCCUGGAGUUGCUCGACAAUUUUUCAUAACAAAUGCGUCGAGCUGCAACGAAUGGCUUCUCAGAACGUAUUAUCCGGCCAUGGUUGUGGCGUUUUUCAACGGACACCUCGCUUUGACAAUUCGAUUUGGUUGGAAUGCACUUGUUGUCUACCAGAAACGAGCAAAAGAUGAGAAAAUCCGAAGUGUUGCCGCGACAAUUUGCUGCUGGAUGGCUCGAGCCAUGGCCACUCUCACUGCUCCGCAAGCGAUUGUAGGGAUACGAAAAUGGGUGAAAAUGGAAUUCGAGACUGAUCUAGGACAGAAUAUUAUGGAGGCUCUCGAGAAGAUGGCUUGUGACAAAUAUGAGGAGUCUUUGACGAUGUUUGAAGCAUGUUUGUUAUCAGACAAUCCUAGCGAAACACUCAAAUUGAUUAUUCACAAUGCGAUGUUGGAUGUCCUAAAUCGCCUCCGUCUUCCUCAUGCUCUUUCUUAUUAUAGAAACGUCAUUUUCGUAGAUGACGAACCAGUUAGUGAGGAUUAUCGAUCUGUGGAAUUAUUGACGAAAUUCGAAAAAGUAGAGCACAAACUCAAAAGAACAUUGGUUGAUUGGAAUAUUCGACAUCGAUUGACGGCCUUAGAAUCAUCGUUUUCGCAGACAAUGAGAAUGGUGGAAAUAGCAGAGCAUCGCAAAGAAAUGACCGUAUUAGGCGCCCUUGCACUCAGCGUUGAUCCGACAUGCAAGAUCUAUUCGGACAUCUCUUCUACAAAUCUUGUCGUUGCCUUCCUCGUCGAUAAUGUGAAUUCAGUUCAAGGCAAGAAUGAUCUGACUACUCGACCGUUGUUCACUGGAUGUGGAGACGAAGAAAUCGGCGAAAAACUGACACUUUGCCGCAAAGUUAUGCAUUGGGCUCAUCAUUUGAAGCAUAUUCGUCGGACUUCCGGAGAAGCUCAUUUGGAGAUAGUAAGACUCGCCCGAAAGUGCGAAAACCGCCAAUUGGCGUCUUGGCAUGUGAAAUCGUCUGGUGACAAUCUUUCGCCUCUCCUGAAUCUUCAGAUUCGACGCCAAUCAAUGAAACUGUCAACUUCUAAAGAUCUUGAUAUGCAAGUCGUGGAAAUGAAUAAAAUGACUCGAGCACUUUGCGAAGUGUUUGGAGCAACUGCCAAAUGGAAACAGGAACGACUUAUUGCUACUCCAAACCAAGCUGUGGCGCCGGCAAUAUUCGAAGAAUGGCGAGCUCGCGAUGAAGCUAUGGCGAGAAGUUGUCUGCAACUAGCGAAUGUCUUUGAGAAAUCUCCCGAACGAAUCGCAUAUUUGAUGCCAGAUGUUAUUGCUUCAUUCUUUUGGAGCGAGCUCUAUCGUCGUCCGGAAGUUGGAACACCGAAUGGCCAUGGAAUCGUGGGAGCACUUCUGUCGCUCUCGGCUCGCAUCUAUCCUCAAUUGGCGAAGACGCACUUGAAAUUGGCCGAAUGGGCUUCUGCAUUGGCAACUCCAGAAAAGUUUGAGGAUUUCAACCCGGCGUGUAAAGAAAUCAAGAUUUGCGACGACCCAGUGCUUAACGAAAAAUUAUGGAAGUGCAUGAAAUCAACGACAAAUGUCGCUUCACUCAAACACAAUGUGAUGAAACUUCUAAAUCAUUCGCAAUUUGCUCACGAGCUUUUCAUACCUGGUAGCUACUUUUUAAACAUGUAUUCCGCAAUUAUUGAACAUCAGCGCCAAUUUUUGGUCAUGGCGACUACGGGAUACUUCUCAUUUCUCCGAUAUUCUGCUGGACCGCAUCCAUAUUCGAAGAAAGAGCAAAUCACUGUGGCAUCUCUACAUAUUAUCGAUAUUCUAACAAAGUUUGAAGAUUUUAUGGUCGACUUGAUGGCCGACGGUCUGAGUUCGACAAAUUGUUUGGUUUGGAAGGACAUUUUGCCGCAGUUAUUCGCGAGACUAUCGCAUCGCUCGGAAAUUGUUCGAAGUGUCAUGAUGGGCUUGAUCAACAAAAUCGGCGUGGCGGCACCGCAUUCUGUCGUUUUCCAAAUUGUCUCUGGAGCCGCGGCUGCACAAUUAGGAAACGAGAAGGAUCACGAAUGUCGGCCAUUCACAAAUGACGAACGCGCAAGAUUUCGAAGUUGUUGCGAAAUUCUCGAGCAGCAGUUGGAAGAAGUCUAUCCGGAAUUGGUACGAGACACGAAAAAGUUUGUCAACGAAAUCGAGAGGAUCAAUCUGUUGCCGGAAGAAAAAUGGGCUGUCGUUCUUGGAAGUUUGGAACAUGAAAUGGAGAAGAGGUUGGCUCAGGUCCGAAAUGAAAACGCGAGAACGUCGGCUUCGGCAAUGUACAACAAAGAGGCAAUGAAGAGCAUAAUGGCCAAAAAGACAAAUUUGAUAACGUGCCAAAUUUUCGAAGCUCUCGACACACUCUAUCAGCAGACGUGUGAGAAACCGGCUGAAACGGAACAUGAGAAGGUGUUCCAGUCGAGUUUCGGCGAAAAAUUAAAAGCGGCUGCCGAGGAGUCGAAAUUGUAUCGAGAACAACCGGAAAAGGCGUGGGCUCCUUUCAAAAACCUCAUCUCUGUUAUGGUUCAUCGUCAUAUGAAACGAGGAGCUCAGCAAAUUGAAACCAAAAAUAUCUCGCCAUAUUUAGCAACGAUUUCGAAGACCUGUGUUCCAAUGCCCGGCCAAGAUAGUGUCGAGUUCGAAAACGUCGUUCACGUGCAUAAGAUCCAUCCGAAUAUUGUGAUUCUGCCAACAAAAACUCGACCGAAAAAGUUGACAUUCAUCGGAAGCGACGGAAUAUCAUAUGUAUUUCUGUUCAAAGGACGUGAGGAUUUGCAUCUUGAUGAAAGAGUCACACAGUUCCUCAGAAUGUGCAAUACAAUGCUAACAAAUGGAAAAGUUGAAAAAUCUGUAUUCGAAUAUGAAGCUCAUAAUUAUGCUGUUAUUCCUCUUGGACCUCGAUCAGGUCUUAUUAAAUGGGUUGAGGGAGCUACACCGAUGUUCCAGCUUUUCCGUAAAUGGCAGGCACGCGAUAAACUUGUGCAGCAACAAGCCGGCAAAAAGACGACGAAUUUCGAGAUUGAGAGACCUAGUGAAAUGUUCAACAAGACUGUUCGAAAUGUGUUCGCUGAGCUGGGAAUCGGUGCGGAGAUUCUCAGCGAUCGUACGAAAUGGCCGCCGGAAGCGAUGGAGAAGGUGUUUGAGACGUUGGUCGAAAAAACACCCAAAGAUCUGUUGAGCAGAGAGUUUUGGGUUCGGAGUGGAUGUGCAACGACAUGGUGGCGUGUGACUACAAGAUUCUCGCGUUCCUGCGCCGUCAUGAGCAUGAUCGGUGCGAUGCUCGGAUUGGGUGAUCGCCAUUUGGACAAUUUACUCGUGAAUCUCAAUCAUGGAUAUGUUGUUCAUAUUGAUUAUAAUAUUUGCUUCGACAAGGGCCGAAAUUUGCGAAUUCCGGAGACUGUUCCAUUCCGACUCACGCAGAAUAUGGUUAAUGCUCUUGGACCUUCAUUUAUUCAAGGCACAUUCCGCGAGUCUUGUAUUCAUGUGCUCUCUACACUACGAGCUGGAAAAACUGCUCUCCGAAUGCUCCUUGAUGCCUUUGUUUAUGAUCCUCUUGUCGAUUGGACUAAUAGUGAACAUGGUCCCUCAGUUGGUAUCUCGUAUGCCCUUCAACUAGCUGUUUAUGGAAGCGAUCGAAAUCAUGGACGAAAAGAUGUUGAAUACGCAAAAGCGAUGUUUGAGGUCAAGAUGGGAGAGUUUAAGGGAAUGUGGCUGAAAAAUAGGCAAGAAUCUUAUAUCUACUUCAUUGUUGAGAUAAUUAUUCAUAAUUGUAGAGAAGAUCUUGAAUCUUCUAUACGCGAUCUCAUGUUUGUUCUGAAGGCGCAGCGAUCUUUUGGUGUGAAUGAAGAGAUUGACAAGAAACGUGUUGAAGCUGGACGACGCCUUCAAGCAGCUGUUACUAGGCAUCAUUGGAUGAUGAAAGAACUUCGGCCCCUUCUUCGUUCGAUUUCAAGAAGCUACGAAGGAUUUGAGCGAUUCUAUGAGAAUUACAAGACGGUAUUCAGCGGACCCCUUGUUAGUGCUCAUGAAGAAUUGUCGGAUGAGAAGAAUAUGGAUAUUGAUGGGUGUUUAAAGCACUUCCAAACGGUACUAGAGAGCUUAGAAAUGGUUUUCACCCAAAUGGUAAAUUUGGCGGAAUAUCCACCAUUGAAUGGAGUAGCACCCGUUGCACCAUUUGGAAACUAUCGUGAAGUGAAUGAUAAUGAGAAUGUGUAUCAUAUGGAGAAUCCAAUGGCGCGAACGAUAAUUGAGGGUGUUGAAAAACGUUUGAAUGGCGCUGUUGGUGAAACGAUAAUAUCACCAGAGGAACAGGCGGAUUCGCUAAUCGAAGAGGCUGUCAGCAAGUCGAAUUUGUCGAGAAUGUACGAGGGGUGGACUGCUUGGGUGUGA